GUUUAACUUUCUCAGUUAAUUCUUUAUGAUUAUGAACCUCAAAAUAUAGUAAUUUAAGAAGAAAAUUAUUACGUCAGUUGAUAACAAAAUAAUAUAAUAAAAAUGUGGUUUUAAGCAAUCUUUCAAUACGUAAAUAAUAAAGUUGUAAAUUUUGUUUUUUUUUUCAUUUUGGUUAAAAAUUAAGUGAGUACAAAUUUUUUUUAUACGUACGAGACCAGAGAAAUCAUGAAUAAGUCAAAUUUGCCAAAAAAUUGGAUCGUUCGCUCGUCCAAAAAUUAUCCUGAUAAAGUAUAUUAUUUUAAUACUGUAACAAAUAAAACAUCAUGGGAAUUACCUUUAGUUGAAAAUCAAAAUGAGAUACCAUCAAAGGAAAUUAACAAAAAAAGAAAAUUAGAAAAAGAUUCUGUAUUAUCAAGACCAGUAACUCCAGACAUGAUGCAAGAAAAAGAAAGACCUGUACUUCAAGCAAAACGCAGAAUAUCAUUAAUUUCACAAAAAACAACAAAUGAAACUCCACAAAUGAGAGAAAUUCGUGCGAGAAUGCUCCAGAAGCAAGCAACAUUAACCAAGGGAUUAAAAUCAACCAAAGAAGAUAAUUUGAAUAAGAAAUUGACAGCUAGUAGAAAAUUAGAAAACGAAAAUACUAGCGAUGGGAAAAAUUUGAAAGGUAAUAAAGUACAAGAAAGUACAAUGACAUCGCCAGUCAAACAAAAAAGAAGAUUUUCCGAAAUACCGAAAAUCAUUCCUAAAAAGCCAGAACGAAGAUUAUCGACAAUUAAUUCAAAUUCAAACAUUAAAGAAGAAGUUUCAGUUAAACCCACAGAAGAAAGUCUAACACCACAAAUGCGUUUAAUGUAUGAAAAAUUAAAAGAAAGAAAAGAUAAAAAAAAUGUAUCUACCAAAAAAUCGGUAACAAGUUCGUCUUCAAGUUCAAAUUCAACAUCUUCGAGUUCAGCUUCUGAAUCUUCUACUAAUUAUACUUCAUCUUCAUCUUCGUCAUCAACUUCUAAUUCGGCUUCUACAUCAAAGAGUAAAACACCAAUUAAAACAGUCAAGCCAGCAUCAAAUUCACCAAAAAAACCACAAACAAAUACAGUUCCUAUAAGAAAAUCUAGACGUUCAAGUUUAAGUCAAAUUAAUACUAUACCCAACAGACAAGUUGCUUCAAAUCUUCCAACAUUAGGUGAACAAGUAAAGCCUGAAAUUGCAAGACCUAAAGAAAAAGUUUUAAAAAGUAAAUUAAAUGAGAGUCUAACUUCUGCUCGAAAUUCCAGACGUACAAUAUUAAUCUCGUCAAAAGAACCAGAGAAAGAUAUAAAUUUCAAAAUUGCAACUCCAACUUCAAAUGCUAAAUAUCCGAAAAAUAUUGCUAAACAAAGACUUGAUGAUAUUCGUGAAAGUUUAAAUUUGAAAAAUAAAUUAAAUGAAUCAACAUCUGAAAAGCAUGUUAAUUUAGAAGUGAGACAAAAUUAUCAUCCAGAAGUGUCUUCAGUUUUAAAUAUACGUAAAUUAAUAGAAGAACCAAGGCCAGAAGUAACUAUUUACACAAAUGCAACAACACGUGCUAAAAAUGUACGAGAUAAAGUUUUAACUUAUCAAAGUUCCAAUGCUGAUGUAAAUAAACGUCGUUUGGACGAUCUUAAUGCUGAUGAAAUAGAACAUCAGUCUGUAUUUGAAAAGCUCAAGGAUUACAGUAAUGAUCCAUAUUAUGAGGAAAUGGAAUGGGAACCCAUUGAAGAUGAAAAAAUUAUGUAUGAGGUACAAGCAGUACGAUCUCAAUUAUACACUAAAUCGAUAAAUCAUACAGAUGUUAUACAAGAAAAUAUUCUUGAAUUAUCAAAUAAAAAGAACGAGAAAGUAUUAUACAUUGUUGUUGAUACUAAUGUUUUUCUCUCAAAUUUACCUGUCAUUGAGGAGGCAAGAGAUACGAUGUUUAAAAAAUUUGGAAGACCAUUUAUCGUAGUUCCUUGGACAGUUAUACAAGAAUUAGAUUUUAUCAAGGAUGACAAAUCUGCAACAAAAUCGGAAAAUUUAAAAUUAAAAGCGAGAAAAGCAGUACAAUUUUUACAUCAACAUUUUUCUACCAAACAUCCACGAAUUUUGGGACAAACGCCACAGGAUGUUAUGAAAAAUAAAGAAAUAUUCGACAUUGAUACACCGGACGAUGAAAUUUUACAAAGCUGUUUACAAAUACAUCAUUCAGGACGUUCAGUGGUGUUACUUUCGUAUGACAAAAAUCUUUGUACGAAAGCCAUGAUUCAUGAUAUUGUCACACUAGGACGUGAUGAUCCUUUUGAAAAAAUUGAUUUUUUACGAAUAGAUAAAAGUCCGGGAAAUAAUUCAUUUUCCAAUUUAUCAUUUCAUACAGACAGUAAUGAUAAUACAAAAACAGUACUUGAAGAAGAAUUAUUGAUCGCAGAUGAUAUUUAUGAGAAAGCAAAGGACGAAUUGCGAUUAUUUCUUUCUCCAAUAGUUGUUAGAGAAAUGCGUAAUUUAUUUGGUGAUGGCUGGGAACGUUAUACAAUUAUAAGACCACCAUGGUCAACAAAAGAUGUUCUUAAAUGUGCUAUAAAACAUUGGAUGGCGGCAGUUAGUGAAUCAUUUAUGAGAAUAGCCGAUUCAAUAAUUAAAGAAUUAUUCGAAAACAUUAAUAAUCCACCAGUCGGUGGUAGAAAAUUAAAAGGCGUGAAUUAUUUUUUGGGAAGAUGUAGAGAUUUAUUGCAGACACUUAAUCAGGAUAAAUAUCCAAAUCUUGUGAAUAAAACGACUAUGGCAAUGGAUAUUUUAAGAAACAGAUGUUUGGAAGAAACGAAAAGAAUUUCGGAGAAAAAAAUAAGAGAUGAAAUUGGUUAUGAAGACAAUAUUGCAAGACAAAGUGAAAGAGCUGAAAUUGCUUUGGAUUAUUUCAAUAGAGUUUAUGCAUUUACUCGCGAUUUUUGUGGUACAGCCGCAGAAGCGAUAGAAAUGCCUUGUACAUUUCUUUUUGAAAAGACUGAGAAAAUGUUUCAAGAAAAUUUUGUCAAGGAUUAUCAGCCAGUAUUGGCAGCGAAUUUAAAUCAAUUGCUACAACUUUUGAGCUUAGCUUUGGAAGAUAUGGAUGGACUAAGACCCGAUCACAAGGCUAUAAAUAUUUUAACAGAAGCUUUAGUAACAUUUUUACCCGAUGAUUUUAAUAAAUCAAGUACAGAAAUAACGUCACUUGAUUUAUAUUAUUUAAUAAAGACAAAGCAAGAUGUUAUGAAAAGAGGUUUAAUGCAGUUACAAGAUUUGAGUCAACAAUUUUGUCGAAUGGCAAGUUUCAGGUGUAAAUAACAAGUAUAUUAUAUUUUGUUGAACGUUAUUAAAAAAAAUUUCGAGUCUUAAAGGCCUCAACAAGUCA